AUGAAAUUGGACUGCAUGGACUUGAGUGGCAACAAGUUGCAUGGAUCACUUAUUGUUCCACCAUUGUCCAUAUCCUACUUUUACAUCUCAAACAAUAACUUUAGGGGAGGAAUUCAUCCAUCAUUUCGAAAAUGGAAUAAUCUUAAAUUCCUUGACAUCUCUUAUAACCACUUUGGUGCAAGUGUUCCGAGAUGGUUGUGCAACUUCAACAGUUCUUUAGAGGUGUUCGAUCUACAUGGUAACAAUUUUGAAGGGAGACUACACGGGAUGUUUUCAUUUGGAAGCAUGCAUAAUUUGAAGCUUCUAGAUCUCAAUUAUAAUCAGUUUCAAGGACAAGUUCCACAAUCUUUGAUAAAUUGUAGUAAAUUACAAAUUUUUAAUCUGGGACACAACCAAAUAAGUGACGUAUUCCCUUUUUGGUUGCAAAAUUUGCCAGAGUUGCAAGUCCUAGUAUUACGGUCCAAUAAAUUUUAUGGACCAAUAUGGCAUCUAAAUAAGUCUCCAGGUUUUUUAAAGUUGGGCUUUAUGGAACUAGCUUUUAAUUAUUUUAAUGGAAGUUUACCAUCAGAAUACUUUACAAAUUGGGGUAGCAUGAUGGUUAAUGAUGUUGAUGGAAAGACAACAACCUUCACUUAUUUGAAAGUUAUGUCGUCCAAGUAUUUGGUUCAGUGCUACAGAAUGGAGGUGAUUAAUAAGGGAGUAGAAAUGGAAAACGAUAAGAUAUCAAUUAUCUUCAAAUCCAUUGACCUCUCAAAUAACAGAUUUGAUGGAGAAAUUCCAAGUAGCAUUGGUAAUCUGCAGGCUGUAGUUGUGCUCAACUCAUCCAGCAAUAGAUUCACAGGCCCCAUUCCAUCAUCUAUUGGAAAUAUAAGAGAGGUUGAAUCAUUGGAUCAUUCAAAUAACAAGCUCAUUGGCAGAAUUCCUCAACAGUUGACAAAUCUCUCGUUUCUUGCAUAUUUAAACCUCUCCCAGAAUCAACUUACUGGCCAAAUACCACAAGGCAAACAGUUUGACACAUUUUCAAAUUCAUCUUUCAAGGAAAAUCCAAGAUUAUGUGGUUCCCCAUUGUCAAAGAAAUGUGAACCCAAGGCCAAGGAGACACCAAUUUCUUACCAAAGAAAAGUACAAAUUGAUUUUAAUUGGAAAGAAGUAGUAAUGGGAUAUGGUUGUGGAUUUGUGGUUGGAUCUGUCAUUGGAUAUGUCCUCAUCUUUCGACAAGGUCUAGCUGGACUUUUCUGGAGAAGUUUCAUAGGAAGAUACAUCUACGAACGGUGGUGA